CUACAUCAGAGGGCGACUUUGUUAACUGAUGAAUAAGACACAUGGUUUGAAUUUAUUAGUGUAGGCUUGAAGUGUACAGAAUGUCAUCAUUAUCGGCGUUUCCAUCUCCUCCACAUAAAGGCCAAGUAACACUUUGUGAAAUUCAAAGCCAUCUUGUAUCAGGUUCUGCAGAUAGUGAUGUACAUCAGUAUACUGAUCAGGUUAGCCAGUAUCCCAGAAUUGACCUGAGUACAGAAAGUCUGAGACCUUUUGUGUGUCGAGAAAAUUCUAAGAAUGCUUUUAUGCAUCAUAAUGAAUCUAUUGCCAAAAAAGUAUUUGUCUCAUGGCAGGAGCAAGGUGUUAAAGGAGUUCUUGUGGAAUUAGCAAAUAAUGAAGGAGAUGGUGCCUUAAGCUCUUGUGCAAGAAUUACUGCUCAACUUUUACUCCGAACUGUACAGUGGCUUGGUUCAAUCUAUGGGUCACUUUUCCCCCACACUUUGUUGUCCAAAGAAGAUUUAAUAGCCCAGUUUUGUCCAGUGUUAGAUUGGCAUCAUGGAACAAUUCGGGCCUUUGCAUGGCAUCCUCAUACACCCAAAUGUGCAGUUGCCUUGCGAGAUGAUUCAGUUCGAAUUUUUGCCUCUGGAAGUAGAGUUACACCUCUGCUAAAACACAAACAACAGAGAGGUGUGGCUGACAUGGCUUGGAAACCUUACAGUGCCUCCUACCUGGCUGUAGCUUGUCAAAGUGGUAUCCUUCUAUGGCAAAUUGAACCAACAUCUCUCGUAACAAGGCCAUCAUCAAGUUGUAUCACAUUUCUCCAGAGGAAAGGUCAUGCUCCAGUGACUUCUGUUGCUUGGGAACCAGACGGAUGUUUUUUGGUUUCUGCAUCUGCUGCAGACACAUCCAUUCUGAUAUGGGAUAUCGGAGCAGAAUCUUGCACACCCAUGCGACGUGUUGGUGGUGGUGGUGUUUCAUUCAUUCGAUGGUCUCCAGAUUGUCAGAGACUUUUUGCUGCAACACCCUCUACACUAUUCAGGAUAUGGGAGACACAAAGUUGGACUUGUGAACGUUGGUCUAAUGUAAUUGGGCAUUGCCAAAAUGCAUGCUGGAGUCCUGAUGGUAGUGUAUUGUUGUUUACAACUUCAGAAGAACCACUGAUUUACUCAUUGCACUUUGGGUCAACUGAAAAUAUUAAACCUCAUUCAGUAGCCGGAUCCAAGUCUGCCAUUCCUGUUGCUGAUCUCACACCUGUGAGUGUGAGUGAUGGAUCAGAAACCAUUAGAACUGGUGGUCGUGUCCACCAAAUGGUGUGGGAUGGUACAGGAGAGAGAUUGGCUGUGUCGUUUGUGGAUAAUCCUGAAUUAAUUGCUGUUUUUAGGACCCGUAUCAAACCUUUAUUAGAGCUAAGUCCUUGUGGAUUUAUCCGAUCUCCAGAGAGAGAAACUCCUCAACUUCUCAGCUUCCACGGCAGCUUUGAAAGAGGUGCCUUGUUAACUGUGUGCUGGAGUAGUGGAAAAAUAAGCAACAUUCCAAUGUUGUUUGUACCAGUGAAAGCAGCAACAACUAAUGGAUUUUCAUCUUUUCUUCAUUCAACCCCCUUAUACCAUAGGGGAAUAGGAGAAAUGCCUCGUUCACCUUUUCUGUUUUCAAGUCCUGGUUCUUUGUAAGAAAGAUUACAAGGUUCUACAAAACAUUUUGGAUACAGUAAGGAAUAAGAUUGAAGUAUGGUAUUAAACAGACUUUUGGAUAUUUUAGAAAUGGUUAAGACCAAGACUGAAGUAUGGCAUUAAUAAUAUGUAAACUGGAUUGAGAAGCUAUAUUUUUUCAGUGUUGUGGAACAUGUACACUUCUGUGAAUAUGAGUGUUUUUUUUUUCUUUUCUUUUAUUAAUAUAAACAGUGUUUGAUUUGCUUAAAGCAUGCUAAAAACUCUCCAUAUACAAUUCUAACAAGAUAACUAUUUUUUGUACACUGGAAAACAAACUAAAAAGAUUUGAAUGAGCUUAGUGAUUCAAAAAACUCAAAACUGUUUGUAUAAACAGCACUGGUUACUAAAUAACACAACCAAUUAGAUUAUUUAGCUGGUAUACAUUAAUAUAAUCUGUAAAAAAAAGCAUCAUGAAAUAAUUUAUGCCACAAUGAUUCAUCCUUUGGGUAGCAAAUGCUUUUAAAAUGCAUGUAAACAAAAUAUUACAGUAACACUGUAGGCAUUUAAACACUUGUCUCUUGUGUUACCUAAUGUCCAGUUAUCUUGUUGUUAGCAAACUGCUUCUGAUGAUGUCUUUCACUCAUUACCAGACAUGUCAGUUGAAUUACAGUACAUAAGAAUGAAACAUUAUUCAUAUUUGUCAUGUAUGUUGAAUGGUAUAUAAAGAAUAUUUGUAGUAUUAUUUUUAAUAAUUUGUCCAUCUGAAAAAAAGGUUUGAACUUCACCACCUUUCUGGUCUGUAUGUUACUUGUUGCUUAUAAUAGUCAAAUAACAACAGUAACAGACCUGAAACAAAAUUAAUCAAACUCUUUUGAUAUAACAUAAUGCAGAAUAAAAAAAAAAAUUGCUUGCAAGAUGUUGAAGAUUAACAAGACUUGUUUGUGAUUUAAAAUGAAGUAGAGAACUCUUUGAUUAAUAUCUUUAUUUUACUUGUUUUCUGUUUCAAACUAAUGAACUUAAAAUAAGAAGUUACAUUUUAAAUUAUUUAAUUUUAUAAUGGUUACCUGUAACGGUUGAAUGUGAUGCAAAUAUCAUGAUUAUCCUGUUGAAAUUAGAGAAUGUUUUAAGAAGUAAAAACGUCACUUUUCACAAUGUUCCUUUAUUAUAGUCAUAGAUCUUUGACAUAAGAAGAUAAAUUUUGCAUGAAGUUAGUAAUAUUGGAUACAUCAGUUAAAAACAUGAAUUCAUUAUCUUGAUUUCUAUGCUUAUUAAGUUUGAAUAAUGUUAGGUAUAUCAGUUUGUAAACCUGUCUUUACAGUCUUGCUUCUUACGUUUGUUUAAUAAAAGAAUGGGUUUUCUUCUUCUUUGUCUGCAUUAUGUAUAAUGUGUGAUGUAUUUGGUAAACUCGGCCUUUUUCAAAUCAAUAUAGAAUUUAAUGUAUUGGUUUUUAGUAAAUAUGAAAAGACUAGUUACCUUUGCCAUCAACUGGUGUUAUGUCAUGAAAUCUGUAAGAUAAAUUUUAUUAUUAAAGAAAUUUAAAACCUGUACUAGGCUUUCUAGCCCUCUUCAGUUCUUAUGUGAAAGUAGUUUUAUUAAAAUAAGAAAAAGAAAUCGACUCAUUUUUCAGGAAACGUAAGUUAAUGAUAAAGCGAAACAUGAACGUGAUAAUAGGAAGCAUUUAUUAAACGUUUCGGAAUCAUCCAAAUUCCAUCAUCAUUAAUUUAGAGGUACAAAACAAACAAACAAAAUUUGUAAUUACAACAGAAAUAUAUACAUUAAGUAAACAAUUUGAAUAUAUAUAAGAAAUUGAAAAAUGUGGCACAAAUGAAAUAGUUAAAAUAAGUUUAGAUCAAGUGAAGACUGUGUAUUAUUUAAGGAUGAAAGGAGAGUUUUUAUGAAUGUUUUUUUUUAUUUAUUAUUAUAAGAAGUUCAGUAUCAUGUUUGGCUGUUGAGAGAAUUUUAAAGUUGAAGAGAGAAAUCAGAUGUCCUGUUCCUGUAUUGUGCUGAUAGAUAGCGGAGUUGGGAGUGUUUGUAACCUUUCUUCCAGCUUUUAUAGAUAUGCUCUUGUUUUCACAUGCUCGUGUUCACAAUCUCCGCAUGUAUAUAAGUAGACGAGACGUGAACAAUGGGCAGUCGUCAAACGAUCUUUGGAGCGGAUAUUUUUUUUUAAUAACUUUAACAAUGUUUAAU